GUAUCAUAUGCAAAUCUGAGGUUGUUGAUAUUUCUCCCAGCAGUCAUGAUUCCAGUUCAUGAUUAAUCCAGAUUGGCAUUUCGCAUGAUGUACUCUGCAUAUCAGUUAAAUAAACAGUGACAACAUACAGCCUCGUUGUUCGCCUUUCCCAACUUUGAACCAUUUAGAAAUUGUACCACAUGCCACUUUAAUUAAGAGCAAAGGAUUGUAUUUUCUUGAGUAGUGUGUUGUUACAGCGCAAACAAGAAAAAACUGUUUUCUACUCCUUCCUAGAAUAGUCCUUGUGUCUCUCAAGUUUCAUUUUUUAGAAAUGACUGAAGACUGUGUAGCAGGCUUACUUUAAGGUUAUUCAGAGGUCAUGUACAUGACAAAGUCCUAUGCCAGUUUCACAGAAUCACAAAGGACAAACAGAUUCAGAGAGUAAAUCUUUAAACAGAUUUAAUGUUGAUCAGAUACAGAUAUCUUUGGUAAAUAAUUUUCUCCAUAACUUUGCUAAAAAGAAACCAGCCCAUGCUUUCAAAAGGACUAGGGAAACUUUCCAUUGCUCUGUUACAGUAGUGAGGUGGGUUAGACCCAGGCAUGAGAAACUGGCAUGAGGUCACAUAGACUUAGUGUGAAUUAAAGAAAACAUUUUCUCCCUUUGAACGUCUCUCUGUAAAGUCAUUUUGACUCCUCUUGAAUAUCACCUGUUCGCAAUGGCCUUUGAGGAGCUCCUGGAUAAAGUUGGUGGCCUGGGGAAAUUCCAGAUACUUCAGAUGGCUUUAAUUUUCCCUUCUCUCAUGAUAGUAGUCUGUCACUCACUGUUGGAGAACUUCACUGCAGCUGUUCCUGGUCAUCGCUGCUGGGUCCACAUCCUCGAUAAUGCCACUGUCUCUGUGCCAGAGAAGUGUCGCCGCUUCCUCCACCCCCAGUGGCAGCUCCUUCACCUGAAUGGGACCUUCCCCAACAUGACUGACCUGGACACGGAGCCCUGUGUGGACGGCUGGGUGUAUGACCAUAGCUUGUUCUCCUCCACCAUCGUGACUGAGUGGGACCUUGUAUGUGACCAACAGUCACAGAAACCGUUGAUUCAAUCCCUAGUCAUGGUUGGAACACUGGCUGGGGGCCUCAUCUAUGGCCAUCUCUCAGACAGGUUUGGGCGAAAGCUGAUUCUCAGGUGGUGUUUACUCCAACUUGCCAUCUCUGGGACCUGUACAACCUUCGCUCCCAACAUCUUCAUUUAUUGCUUACUACGCUUCUUGUCGGGCUGCUCCAUUGCAGUUGUAAUAGCAAACAACUGUGUUCUAAUUAUAGAGUGGACAAGAUCCCAAUCGAAAGGCAUGGUAGUAACAUUGGUAUACUGUGCCCUUAGUAUUGGACAGAUGAUCCUGGGAGGACUGGCUUUUGUCUUUCGAGAGUGGCGCACCCUGCAGCUAGUGGUGUCUGUACCUUUCUUUGUCUUCUUUCUCUCCUCAAGGUGGCUGGCGGAAUCUUCUCGAUGGCUGAUUAUCACCAAUAAACCAGAGGAGGGCUUAAAGGAACUUAAAAUAGUUGCACACAGAAAUGGAAUGAAGAACGUUGCAGAAACCCUGAACUUGGAGGGUUUGAGAGCGACCAUGCAGGAGGAGCUGGAGACAGCACAGACUAAAACGACUAUGUUUGACUUGUUCCGCACACCCAACCUGCGAAAAAGGACGUAUCUCCUGUUCUUUGUGAGAUUUGCAGGUGCAAUAUCCUUUUUUGGCAUUAUCAUCAAUCUACAGCACUUUGGAAGCAAUAUUUUCCUGUUCCAGGUAAUCUUUGGCGUUCUCACUAUCUCAGUCCGAUGUCUUGCACUUUACCCACUGAACAAAGUGGGCCGUCGACCAACCCAGAUGUUUUUCAUGUUCCUCGUGGGACUUUCCAUUUUGAUCAACAUAUUUGUGCCUCAAGACAUGCAGACCCUGCGCGUGAUUUUGGCAAGUGUGGGAAUCAGCUGUGUUGCUGCGUCUCAGACCUCUUUUUCAGUCCACCAAACUGAACUCCUCCCCACUAUUGUCAGAGCAAAAGCUUCAGGAUUAGAUUUGUUGGCUAAUAGGUGUGGGGCAGCUCUGGCUCCCCUGCUGAUGGCCCUAGCGGUGUAUCUACCCACUCUGCCCUGGAUCGUCUAUGGAGUGUGUCCCCUCAUUGCUGCUCCUGUUCUCCUUCUCCUACCUGAAACUAAAAAUCUGCCUCUGCCUGACACCAUUCAGGAUGUGGAAAAUAACAAAAAAUUCUCAAGAAAAGCAAGUGAAAAAGAUUUCUACAUAAAAGUGACAAAGUUUUAAGGAGUUAUUGGUGAAGAAAAGAAAAAUAUGAAGAACAAAUAUGAAUUUUCCUUUUUAUUCACAAACUAGCAAGAAAAUAUACUGGAAAAUGUAUCUCAUUUACAAUCAUUAUAUUAAUUUGCACUUUACCAUAUACUUUGUUGGAACAUGUAAGUUCAUGAACAGUUCAAUUUGGGGGGAAGUAGUUUAAAAAGUUUUGAAUUUAUCAAUAAAUUAUUAAUAGACAAGAUGAUUCAGAAACAAAGAAACACCAUGGAAUUAGGAUCUGACUGGUUGAUAUAUGGAACAGCAUAUGGUGAACUCUGAAAAAAUUUACAAAAAUCAGAACACUAUAUCAUAUGCAAAUGGACAUUGAAAGAAAUCCAGAAAUAGAUACCCAAUACGUAUAUGCUUAACAUAAUACACUUGACAUCAUAAAUCUCCUUCAAAA